AUGCGAAUUAACGACGCCUCAUGUAAGAAACGAGCGUGCCAUGCCACACCUCUCAUCUCAAGAAUAGCAACUGCAUCGAACUGUAGUGUCUGCGAAGGCAACAUUGAGUGCAGGGCCUUCGCUUGGGAACUCCUGUUAGCUGCAGGUCGGCUGUCACGGCGCAUAGUUCCUGUGUUCUUAAGACGCAGAAAGCUCGCAUCCGUCGCGUGUCGCCACACCUCGUCUCAAAUCAUCUCCUUUCUCCUCUUGCAGUUUUGUGCAAUAGUGUCUACGGUGCUGAGCGUGGGUGCUGUGGUGGGCCACUUGGUGCCUGGUGCUGUGCUGGUAUACAUCCUGCUCAUGCUGGUGAUGACGGGCCCGGGGAUCCUGCUGCACGUGUUACCCGACUCCUUCUACGAGCGCCUGGCCAAGAUGAGGGCGGCGCUCAGGGGGGAGGACUCGGAGAUGGAGAUCUCCAACGUGUCUCUGGACAGCGACCUGACGGAGUUCAUGCCGGAGCUCCAGUCCGCCGAGGCUCAGGCAGCCCUGGACGUGCCCCUCAUGAGCCAGGAUCCUCCAGAAGUGGAGCAGAUGGUCGAGGACGCCUACCUGCAGGAGGAGUCGGAAAGGAGCACGAGGAAGAGGACCAAAAAUACUGGCGGAGGCGAGAGAGGCGAAGGGGCCCCUGCCGCUCAGGGACUGACCUUGCCUCUCAGUCCGGAAGAUGGAAUCAGCUCUACAUUUUUCACAAGUGGACUUCCUGAGGAUUUCCCCUCCUAUGACCAUGACAGCGUUGAGGAUCUUGAUGGUCCUGAUAUAGAGCUUCCGGACCUCCCCAAAGUAGUAAGGGAGCCUGUCCCAGAAAGGCAGGGCACAGGUGGGGAUAGAUAUCAAAUGGAGUUUGUCUCCUCACACUUUGGUGAUAGCAGUGAGGAGGAGGAUGCCUUUUUAGAAGGAUUAACCUUCGAAGAAAGGGUCCAGGCAAGGCCAGAGCCCCGGGCACAGCCCUCCAUCCCUAGUCAAACAAAUACUUCGCCGCCUAUGGAUCCCAUAGGACAAUUAAUGACUAGCGUUAUAGCUCAAAAUGCAGGCAAUGUUUUAUCUGCUCUUGGACAGAAUUUAAUGACAUCUGUGAUAGGGCAAGCAGCAGCACAGGCCCAGCCACCCCCCCAAAUGAGCCAGCAGCCAAGACGAACGGCAGCAGAGCCAACAGCAAGAAUGACGAGGUCACAAGACCGUCAGCAGCAAUCGGUGACAGAUCUUGAGGAAGACUUUGAACUUAUUUCUGAUGAAGAGUUCCAGUGAUUUAGUGUGCUGUGGACAGGCAUGUGUAGCUGAAGAAAAAGAUGUCAUAAUACUAGAGCAACAAUAUUUUGGAGCAACUACUCUCUUAGAAACAUUCGUUUGAAGAAAAGUCCUUUAGUUAUGAUAAAGCUAUUUUUUCUUGUAUUAAUGCACCGAUAGUAUGAAAUUUUUCAUAUCAAAGUGAUGGUGGCCUUAAUAAUGAUAUCUCAAGGAGUACCAUUCUUACAGUAUAACAGUGUUUGUUGCUGUAAUGUUUUUACUUAAUUAAAAAGUACAGCUAGGAAAAGAAUAGAAGUUACCCUCCAUUUUGAUUCUUUAUCUCCCUUCUUUUAAUUGCUAUUGGUACUCAGGGCAAGACCGUGCUGAACUAACUCUGCUUGAGAGGUUGAACAUUCUAGUGAAGUGGCCAACCACAGUAGUUGCUUACUUUUUGAUCUUUUGAGAUCUCAUUCCUAAAGAGUAACUUACCUGUCCUUUGCCAGCAUACUCCCUUGGAAUUGUUGUUGAUGUGCACAAAUGCAAAUCAUUCAGCUGUCCUGUUUUACAGUUUCUGAAGUUCACUGAAAAGACAAAGGUUUAUGGGAAUACACACACACACACACACACACACACACACACACACACACACACACACACACACACACACACACACACACACACACACACACACACACACACAGUCCUAACUCAAUUGGCAUGGAAGGCAAAAAUACAAUCCAUGUCCACUGUCAUAUUAGUUUAUUAGCUGUCUUUAUGCACAGAUGGCUCUACAAGUGCAAAGUCACCAUGGUGUCAGUUAUUAUUUGUACCUCUUUCAGCUGUUUUCCAUUUUCCUUGGAAAGCUUCUUUUUUAUUAUAUGUUUGUCUUUAUUGUUAUUAGUUAUCAAUAACAGUAGCAGUUUUGAUGUUAAUAAAUCCUGCAGAUUCAAGGAAUAGGGAAAUUAAAUGUGGUCACUGAUUGACUCCUUGGUGACUGAGCACAUGUGGAACCAUCUGUAUGUAACAAAUUUCACACACACACACACACACACACACACA